AUGAUGAGUUUCAUUUCACCACACACACACACACACAUGUAAUCUCUCUCUCUCUCUCUCUCUCUCUCUCUCUCUCUCUCUCUCUCUCUCGUUCCUUCCAAAAUGGUGGAUCGCAUAAACUCUUCCGACAUUUAUUCCCCACAUUUCUUACAUGUAACCUCACACUUGUUACUUCUUUUUUCCUUUUCCAUCAUUCUUUGUUUCAAUCCAAUGUUAUUUCUUCGAUUCAUUCAAUUAACAUUCUAAUUUAUCAUCAUCAUUUUAACAAACACACAUGGCGAGGAAAAAUUAUUCAUCUUCAUCGGCAUUGCGUUAUGUUCAACCUCGUUAUUACAUUAAAAGACCUAAACGAUUUGCACUUCUCCUUCUCCUUUUCAUCUCUCUUGCAUGGUUUGUUUAUGAUCGCCAAUUACUCAACAGAGAACACCAAGAGGAUAUUUUGAGACUAAAACAAGAGGUUACACGUUUGCAAAAAACACUGGAAGGUAUAACUGGUGAUGUAAAAGGCUCAGGAGAAAGUAUUCAAAUUCAUGAAAAAAUUAAUACAUUCACAAAGGGUGUUUCUUUUGAGGAUGAUCCUAUUAGCUUACAAAGAAGAGAAAAAGUUAAAGAUGCUAUGAUUCAUGCAUGGACAUCUUAUGAAAAAUAUGCUUGGGGAAAGGAUGAACUUAAGCCUCGAUCGAUGAAUGGUGUUGAUAAUUUUGGCGGUCUAGGAGCAACUUUAGUAGAUUCUCUUGACACAUUAUUUAUAAUGGGCCUUGAUGACCAAUUCAAAAGAGCUAAAGAGUGGAUUGCGAAAUCAUUGUAUUUCAACAAGAACAUCGAAGUUAGCGUGUUCGAGACAACCAUAAGAAUUUUGGGUGGGCUUCUUAGUGCUUAUGAUCUCUCUGGAGAUGAAGUCUUCCUCGAAAAGGCUAGAGAUCUUGCAGAUAAGCUGCUGCCUGCUUGGAAUACACCUUCAGGAAUCCCUUAUAACAGAAUUAACUUGGCUUAUGGAAAUACAAAUAACCCUAGGUGGACGCGGGGGAACAGUAUUCUUGCAGAUUCUGGUUCAGAGCAGCUUGAAUUUAUAGCUCUCUCUCAAAGGACAAAAGAUCCCAAGUACCAGGAAACGGCUGAGAAGGUCAUCAAAGAGCUUCAUAGAACUUUUCCUAAGGAUGGGUUGCUUCCCAUAUAUCUUAAUCCACUAACUGGAACUAAAUCAGCUGGAUCAAUUACAUUUGGUGCUAUGGGUGAUAGCUUCUAUGAGUAUCUGCUCAAGGCUUGGAUACAAGGAAACAAGACUGAAAUGGUAAAGUUUUACAGGGACAUGUGGGAGACAUCAAUGAAAGGUCUUCAAAGCUUGAUUAAGAAGUCAACACCGUCAUCUUUUGUGUACAUAUCUGAGAAACUUGGAAAUUCACUAUUUGACAAGAUGGAUGAAUUAGCAUGUUUUGUUCCUGGAAUGCUCGCUUUGGGAUCAUCUGGCUAUGGCCGCCCUGGAGAAGGCGACAAAAUUAUGGCUCUUGCAGAGGAGCUUGCAUGGACCUGCUACAAUUUUUACCAGUCUACACCAACUAAAUUAGCAGGGGAGAACUAUUACUUUCGCACGGGAGAGGAUAUGAAUGUUGGUACCUCAUGGAAUAUCCAAAGACCUGAAACAAUCGAGUCACUGUUCUACCUCUGGCGUUUCACUAAAAACAAAACAUACCAAGAUUGGGGUUGGGAUAUUUUCCAAGCAUUUGAAAAUAACUCUCGCACUGAGGGAGGAUAUGUUGGACUCAAAGAUGUGAAUACAGGCGACAAAGAUAAUAUGAUGCAGAGCUUCUUCCUUGCAGAAACCCUCAAGUAUCUCUAUCUCUUGUUUUCACCUCCUUCAGUUAUCUCUCUUGAUGAAUGGGUGUUCAACACUGAGGCACACCCUUUAAGAAUCGUGACUAGAAAUGCUGAUCAAGAAAGACAAAGUAUGGACCAAGAGGAAAAAAUUCCUCAUCAUUUGCAUGGUAGGAAAGAAGGUCGAAUUGAUUACAAGUAGUUAAGGGUUGUUGCUCUUGUAAUAAGCAAACCCUGAAAGUAUGCACGACUUCUUUACUCUCAGGUAUCCAAGACUUAUUAGUGAUUCUUGACAGCCGUUACCACAGUCUUGCAUGAGUGUGAUUUUACCAUUUUGAUUGAUGCUUCCGGAGGUGCAACUUGUCCUGCUCUAUCAACACAGUUGGUUUGUGUGUCACCUCCAAUCUGAAGUUAUGCGGGUAAUAUAGUAUAGAAUGCUUAGAAGAUUCUUUCAUUGCUAUAGUAGUAGGAUAAAUGUAGGUGUAAAUGCCUAUGUAGAUAUUGGAACCUCAACUUACUAUUUUAAUUAUUUUUGGCACUUGUAAAUUCUUGUAUAUCAAUUGACUGACCACUGACAGGAACGUGGUGCAACAUAAGAAAUUAGUUUUGAAACUUUCAGAUUUUCUGGCUCUUCCAAUUGAAGAUCGGGCGAAUUUGAGUUUCUGUAUUAGAACCUCCUGAUAUCAAUGCUCUAGAAAUGUAACUUAAGAUUGUUGAGUAGCACUGCAUAUGAAAAUGAUAUAUCUUGCUAGUUCAGUUGA